ACGUCUGUACAUCUGAAAACAAUUAUAAAAACAGUGAUUUUACAGUAGCACUUCUUUGGAUAAUACUAACGUAAAAAUUACAUUGUAUUAAGAGACAAUAGAUAGGCAAAAUAAACCACUCCCCUCCCGUUUGACAGCCCUCACUGGCCAAUGAGAGGGGGAAGGAGGGCAUGUGUGGAUAGAGUAUAAGAGAGGUGAUAUCCAGGUGGAACAUCACACAGGUGAGCAUUCACAUUCACAUUAAUGCCUGAGGAUAUUACUUUACUGCACCACACGCAGGAGUACGCCUUUGACCUAGCAAGGUACAUCUAUCUUUGCUGUGCUUAUUCACUCAAGUCAGGGUUUUUUUUGUCUUUUCUUUUCAUAUGAUGGUGUCUGAUAAGUUAGAGAAGUGGUGUAGAGCUUGUGUGUGACAGCUUCUUUCACUUCUCAGUUCAUGUUUGAUAAAGUUUUGACCUUUGGUUCUAGCAACUGAUGAGGUCGUCUUCUCUUUCCAGAUCAUCCUUUUAGUAUGCUGACAGAAAUGGAGACGGUGAGUUUGAUCAUAUUUUUUUUGAUAAUUUCUCUAUUUUUUGUUGGGCAUUGUGUAAAUGGCAAAGAAAGGCAUAUUUAUAUAUUUAUAACUGGAUCUGAGUGACAAUUUGGUCUUAAAUAUUACCAUGUCAUCUAUGUAUAGACUGAGGGUGAAAGGGUAUUUGAAAAAUAGGUUAUCAAAAGCUAAGCUAUAUGGUACGGUUACCUGAAUGUUAUCUGCGGCCAUGAAAACACAAACACUUGCAUAAAUUUGCCAGUCAAACUAAAAUACGCAUGCUUGCAGUGUUGUUCCUUGGCUCUUAUCCAAAACACAAAUCCUUCAGCACAGAGCUAGGAUCAAAUUAAUUUCAUUAGUGUGAGAUAUUUUUUCUUAAGUUUUCCAAAUGUGUGCUAUUUAAAUUAAUCAUAUUAUAAGAAUGAUCUGUGCUCCGUUUUUAGGGCUCUAAACAGACCGAGGCUCAUUCAAAAUUGAUGAAUGUGUCCAUCAGUGAUCUUCAGAUAGCAAAAUCAUUCACUGUGUGAUGCAUCAUAGCACAACAGUGGCACACAACAAAACAUCAAUGGGCUUCAUGAGAAAAAAGAAAGAAAACAAAACAAAAUGGGUGUUAUGUCUCAUAGUAACGCCUCAGGCUAUCACUGACAAUAGAUACAACAAAUGCAAAUGUUCAUUAUGUCCUGCCGUGUGUCUGUCAGAUGGCUUAUGCAACCGAGAUCAAGCUAAGUGGAAGCAGGGGGGCCUGGAGUGGAGUGGCUCCUUCCUCCUGCCCUGAGGUUGACCUGGAAGUCAUCGAGGAGUACCUACAGGAGCAUUCACUGGAGGUCCAGCCUGCACAGACGCCUGCAUCACCUCUGACCUCAAUGGGGCAACACAUACACUCCCACCAAGGCACCAGAAUUAUAGAGAAUAGUUGGUCAGGUCAGCAUGCUUAUGAGUGGCACUGUGGCUCUCACAGUGAGGAAUACAGACAGCAGCCUGAAGCCUGGCCUAGUCCCCAUGACAACCAAUGGGGACACAUAGCAUAUUCCGAUGAGGCAUCUGGAUACAUUGACUCAGAUUCCCAGUCUAGCAGCUCCCAGUACCAGGAUUCGCCAUCACCAUCCUCUGACACAGGGAGCAGGAAGGACAGAGAUCCCCUGCCUCUUGCACCACUGUCAGGAAAGAGGAAGGAGCGGCUGUUCCAGUUCCUGUUUGAGAUGCUUCAGACGCCAUCAAUGCGUAGCUGCAUCUGGUGGGUCCAGUCCUCCUCUGGCACAUUUCAGUUCUCUUCCCAAAACAAGGAGAGCCUGGCCCAGCUGUGGGGUCGGCGAAAGGGGAAUCGCAAGCCCAUGACGUACCAGAAGAUGGCACGGGCUCUAAGGAACUACUCUCGCACAGGCGAGAUUCACAAAGUUAAACGGAAGCUCACUUACCGCUUUGAUGAGAAGACGCUAAAAUGUCUACAAGGAGACUCAAAUACAAUGUAGAAACAAUGACAGAGAAUCUAUAUUGGCAUAGAAAUAGAAUAAGGACAAAGGAUGUCAAGGGAAAUCACUUUGGGUGUCCCAUGAAUCUCUUGUCUGCUUAUUAUAGUUCUGUGGCAUUUUUGAAUAACAAAUGAAUACUGAGUAUUUGAAAGCCAGAAACGGACACACCGUAGCUCAGAGUCAGUUAUACAUACAGACCCACAUUGUAUUCAGUGUGAGGGGAUGAACUAUAAAUGCAAACUUCAGGUACAGGCUAGGUGGGAGAGGUAAUCUGGCUUUUAUCAUGUAAAUCGAAAAGGUUAUUGUAUAACAUCUACUUUAUAAGUAGAACUUAAAUCCUUUAAAUAAAAGUAGCAAAUUUCUCUUCUUUGUGUGUG